CUCUCUUUUGACAAGCACGUUGUUUACUUACAAAUCUCAAAAUUCCUUUCUCCGAAUCUGAAAACCCCAAUUUAUAUUUCUCUUGGCCUUGGGAGAUGAAUAUUUAUUUGGGGAACUAUCUAAACUUGAGAGUGUUGCCAUUUUCUACAAACGAAACAGUCCAAUCAUCAUCUUCAAGACUCCAUAGUAGGCGGAUUGAAGACUUGACUCAGUUUCUUGGCAACAACUCCUCUUCCUUUACCAAUCGCGCGGUUACCAGCCUCGCAGGAUCAAUACUAGCUGAUUCGUCUGAUAAUACUAACAGUUAUUUCAACUGUGUUCAGUUUCCCAUUCAGUUGGGUGAUGAAGAUUUCUACCCAGGCGACUCUCGCCAGUUUUAUAACAACAAUAAUAAUAACAAUUUCAUGUCAAUUGACUUCUAUGUUGGUGAUGAAGACAAAAAUAUCGGCCAGUUAAACGAGUCUUUAGCUAAUCGAGAUAUUAGCAGUAGCAGCAUUGAGGAAUCUGCACGUGAGCCCAACUCCAUCUCCAAGAAGAGAUCUCGGACUAUUGGAGAGGUAGAAAAUAAGAGAAACUCGAAAGGAAAGAAGAAUAAGAAAGGGUUAUGCCGGAAAUCUAACAAUAACGAGGAGGAAAAUAAUGGUAUGGCCAAUAGACCUAGCUCGAGCAGUUGUGACUCGGAAAAUGAGUCAAACGAAGGAGUGAGCUCGAGCUUGGCACUUAACUCGAAUGGAAAGAGCAGAGCCGUUAGAGGGUCUGCAAGUGAUCCACAAAGCCUAUAUGCUAGGAAACGAAGGGAAAGAAUCAACGAGCGUUUGAGAAUUCUACAAAGUCUUGUACCAAACGGGACUAAGGUUGAUAUUAGCACAAUGCUGGAAGAAGCAGUUCAAUAUGUAAAAUUCUUACAACUUCAAAUCAAGCUUUUAAGCUCUGAUGACAUGUGGAUGUAUGCACCACUUGCAUAUAAUGGGAUGGAUAUUGGUCUUGGUAUGAAGGUUAAUUCAUGAGGAUUAAAGAUGGGAUCUGUUGAAUAAGUUAUACCAUGUACAUUUUUGGUGUUUUAUAUUUCCUCUUUUUGAGGAGGCAAAGGUCGUUUGAGACAAUAAGUUUUAUCAACCGAGUGUAAUAUUCAUUGUUAGCUCGCAUAUUUUAGUGCGAUCCAGGCAAACGUAGUAACCUUGUAAUAUAUUAUUGAUCUCAACCGAAUGUUGUAACAAGUAUUUAUUGAGAACCCUGAUUUCCUCAUGA